GUGUGCUUGCGUGCGCCUGUGUGUGAGUCAGAGCAAAAACCGUGUAACACACAUGAACGGGCAUGACGGACGAGUUCUUUAUCGUGCGAUAUUGUGACACCAACUGAAGACAGACGGAUCGCGGAAGUGAGGCUAGUGAUACAUAGAAUCAAGCCACGCACCGUCCGCAAACCCGUGCGGAAGUUGGUGAAGCUUUUCGUUUAUUAUUUUCCGUCCGUCAUCGUCCGUGUCGGGACUGGGCACUGUGCGUGUUUGCGUUUGUGUGUGUGUGUGUCUCUGUGUGUUUGUGUGUGUGCAUGCGUGUGCGCUCCCUUCAUCGAACUCUGCCCCAGCUCUCUACGACGUCGCCGUUGUGCCGUUUCAUCGCAGUAGCAGCAGCAGCAGUAGCAGCUCGCGCAGAGCAAUAGACACACACGGGCAGGGUGUGUGAGAGUGUGUGAGCAGCACCAUUAGCCCCCACAAACAACAACGACGACGACGACGACGAGCUGGCGGGUGUACAGUGAGCGGCGCUACACAGUCCUGCGUACAGGCGACUGUGUUCGGUUGACAGGAUUAUUGGCUUUUUUACCGGCCCGCAGCAGCAGCAGCAGCAGCAGUGUCGAAGGAAGCAGAUCCCUGGCAGUAGUGGCACCAUAGCAACGAGAAGCAGCAGCAGCAGUAGUAGUCGUCGUCCUACAGUUUAGAAAAACGGCCGAUAAAGGCACGCGCACGCACGCAAUACGCACGACAGAAUCAACGUAGGUGGUGCCUUCUGGUGGUGGUUUUCACUCCCUCCCCUCCCCCCGCUUGGUGUGGCUCCCCCGGAGCGUAAAGUGCGUAAGAUGUCCGAAAAUCGGGACGAAAUUCUCGCCGACUUUCAGAGCAUAACGGCCAUCGACGAUGUGGCCGAAGCGAUAUUUCACCUGGAAGCAUCGAACUGGAAUUUGAUUAACGCGAUACAGCGCGUACUGCCACAGGAUCCGACGGAUCAUCACAGCACGCCAGCCGCAACCGUACCGCCGGCGUACAGUGCGAGCGAGCGGGCCGCCAGCAGCAAUGGCAGCGGCGGCCCGGGUGCGGCCCACUCCUCGUCCGCACUGUUUGGCGGGGGCCGCAACAUGGGCCUGUACUCCAAUGACCUCAACUUCCUGGAGGAGCUGCCGGACGUGGAGGAGCAGAUGACGGCGCCCUCGUCGCCGGUGAAGCCGCUUAACUUCGGCAGCAGGCGGAACGUGGGCCUUGCCAGCGGUGCCGCGUUUAACAUUUCAGAUGUUGGUGCAUCCUCUUCGCGAUCCAGCAGCAAUCACGACAUCCGCGCCGGUACACUCAACUAUCUCGAUACGAAGCCGGUCGAGCUGCUGUUUAACGUGGCGUUUAAGAACGAGCAGCAUCAGAUCAGCAUAUCGAACCACGCGACCGUCGGUGAUCUGAAGGCGAAAAUCUUUGACAAAACGCGCGUCCCGGUGUGCCGGCAGGCGCUGAAGGGCUGGGAACCGGGCAAGCAGCGGGAAACGGCCAACCCAAGUACGCCGCUGAAGGCGCUCAACAUUGUCGGCAAGGAGGUGAACCUGAAGCUGACCGACCUUACGUCCGAUGGGUUCGUCGGGGAUGUCGAUGUUGAUGUCCAUCCGGCGACGAGUCAGCAGACGUACGUGCUGCACAUCAAUGUGCAGCCGAGCAACCAGCUGCUACACCUCAACUUUCCCGCUCAGCAGGACAUACUGUCGAUCAAGAACCACGUGUACACGGUGACGGAUAUACCGGUGCGCCACCAGGUCUGGUCGGGAUGGCCGAGCAACAUCAGCAACCACACCACGCUGGCGGAAUCGGGCGUCGGCCAGGAGCACAAUCUGCUGCUCAAGCGGGCCGACGACAGUAUGAACAAACCGAGCAACAACAACAACAACAACAACAAUAAUAACAACAACAACAGCCAUCUGUUGAACGCGCUCAGCAGUGCGGGCACCAGCGCAAACAACAGCCACAGCAGCAGCAGCAGCAGCCGUCAUAUGAUGAACUUUGGCGCCGACAGCUUACAGGCCAUUCCAAUCGACUCGGAAAGCAGCGGCGAAGAGUUUGAGGAUGCGUCCGACUUCAACAACGAUGACGAUAUCUUCACCGAAACGCCGAUCAUCAAUCAGCAGAAGCGUUUAAUUCCGGACAAUGUGGAUGAUGAAACGAUCGGCAGCAUACAAUUUGUGGAGAAUUUCGCCGAGCGGUACGGUCCGCAGCAUCCGAUGUUCUUCCAGGGCAGCCUGGAGGAUGCGCUGAAGGAAGCUUGCCACCGACCGUCGGCUCGAGAUCGCAAACUGUUGGCGAUCUAUCUGCACCACGAUGGAAGCGUGCUCACGAACGUGUUCUGCGGCCAGCUGCUAGCAUGUGAAAGUAUCAUCCAGAUUUUGCUGGAGCAUUUCGUCCUGUACGGGUGGGACCUGUCGUUUGAAAGUAACAAAAAUAUGUUUUUAUCAUCAAUAUCGGCCUGCGUUGGUAUGACGGCCUCAAUAACGGUGCGCAACAUCCCGACCGAUCGGUUACCGGCCAUUCUUGUGAUAUCGAAAAAUCGUAGCCAAUGCGAAGUGUUUCAGGUGAUCUAUGGUAAUGUUGGUGUGGAUGAUUUGCUGUCCAAGCUGAUGGAAGCUUCGGACAUGUACAGCGAGCAGCUGAAGAUUGAGCUGCGCGAAGAGAACGAACGAUUCGCCCGGGAGCAGGUAAAGCUCGAGCAGGACGCGGCGUACCGCGAAAGCCUCGAGGCGGACCGGGCCAAGCAGGAAGCGAAGCGACAGAAGGAGAUGAUGAUACAGACCGAGCGGCGCCGGCUCGAGAGCGAGCGGGCGGAAAACGAAGCGAAGCGUGAGCUGAUACGGGCGAAGGCCCGCAGCACGGUGCCGGACGAGCCGCAGCAGGGCAGCGGCGAAAGCAUCACGAAGAUCCGGGUGCGCACCCCGGCCGGGGACAUGCUGGAGCGCAAGUUUACCGUCGAUACGCCGCUGGAGCUGCUGCUAAACUAUAUCACCGCCGAGGGCUAUCUGAUCGACGAGUUUAAAGUGAUCUCAAGCUGGCCUCGCAGAGACUUAACAACACUGAACCACGAAAGCACGCUGAAGGAACUUAAGCUGUACCCGCAGGAAACGUUAAUCCUCGAGGAACGAUGAUCACCGCAUCCGUGAACCGAGCUCGUCCAUCCUGCAGACAACAACGCCGGCAGUGUCGACCAUGGAACAGUUUCGUUGAAGCAAACCCCCCCCCCAACCCCUGUACCGUUUGAUCGCAAAACGUAGAGAGAGAGAGAGAGAGAGAGAGAGAGAGAGAGAGAGAGAGAGAGAGAGAGAGAGAGAGAGAGAGAGAG